AUGUGGGGUAGCCAGGUGCUGGAUAAUUCAACUGGUGUCCCUCGUGCUGCGCUGAAUAUGGAGGGGAAAUACACUUGUAAAGCUACAAGCCAGGCAGGAACCGACAGCAAAGAUGUACGAGUGAGUUUUACGAGUAAGUAUUGGAUUGAGUAUAAUAUGAUGAACACAGUGAGGUAGUAUAGGGCAUAAUUUAUUGAACUGGCCAAUUGUUAAAGGGGAACUUGAUUCUAAAAUUUCUUUGCGAACCAUAAGUUUAAGAGAGCCUGGAAGGCCCCUCGUAACUACUCUAAAUCCUAUGACUUUGUUUACUGAAUACUAUUGCCAUUGCAGUUCUUUUGUUUUCCCCCUUCCAUGAUUCUGUUUAUUAAUAGUCAAUGUGGGGCAAACGUUAGGCCAACACAGAGCCAGUAGACUAGCGUUGGGUUUAUGUGGGUUCCAUUUCAGGCAAUCUAGAUUUGAACUAAGGCCAAUGACUGGUUGUAUUUUUAUUCCAGCUUGCCCCUAUUGCUCUCAGGCAGAAGGGCAGUGGUAUUCUCAUUGGGGAAACACUCUUUCCUGCUCAAAUGUUCGCUCACCAGCAGACAUCAACUGCGCUUCUACCCUUGCGGAAGUUCUGUGAGUCUACAAAUUUGAACAACAUUGGGGAGGGAGAAUAUGGGGAUACCGCACAACAAACAAAUUUGGUGACCUACCCCUCCCCAUAGCCAACAUUUUACCUCAAGUGAGAAGUAAGUGUUAAUUUCUCCUUAGGGGAUCCUAAAAUUUCCCACACCUUAUCUCAAUCUUUGGUGGCUGUUUGCUCAUCACUUAAAAACAUGUUAACAAGGGGUGAUUACAACGGUUGUCAUGGUAACCAGCUAUAACAGGAUAGAUAAGGUCAGGACAUUUUAAUUUCUGAAAACUAUUCAACCUCCUGCAAAGUUUCACGACAUCUGGCCAGUGCUUUAUGCCAAGAUAUUUUUUAUAGUGUGUUUUAAUUUCAACCAUACCCGUUCUAUUUCAGGUACGUGUAUGCAAGCUACUUGAAAAAUCUGCCAGCUGACAUGUUUGCUAGUCUUUCCAACGUGCGUUACAUGUGAGUAUUAUAUUCACCCUGCGUUUAUAUGCACUGGCACGGUCCUCGUGGUCCUGUUAUAAGCUAGCUUUAGCAACGACGACGACGACGACAGUGAAAAAGUCGUUAAAAAUGAAUUUGCGCCUUUCAAACUUUAUCGCGUCUUAGGUGGACCCACUCAAUUUAAUUUGUCCAAAUAUUAUUUUUCCCUCUCUAGUCUCCGCUCGGUUUUUUCCGCGUCAAUUUUUCGCCUGCGCUCUACUAUCUGAACGCCUGGAACAGGCUAAAUGUAGGCGCUUUCUCGUGGAGUUGAAUUUUUAAGGACUUUAUCCAGCUUCAAAAAGAGAAAGGAAAAUUCGUGGACGUUGUUCAUGGCCUGGUCACAUUAGGAGGUUUCAAAUCGAAGUCGUGCGGUGGACGUGAAAUAAAUGUAAUUUAAGUGUGAUAUACGUGCAGGGCUGUAGUUUUGCUUAUAAAACCAAUUGUUUUUUAACGUUGUUGUUGUGGUCGGCGCCGUCCCUAACCGUAUUGUCUCCUCCACGAUUGGAAUGCCAUUAUAUAUAGAAAUGGGAAUACCACUUGAAUAAAGUUGAGUUGAGAAUCUCUUUUCUGACUGCAUGACUGGUCAUCUUUUUUCUAAGAGGAUCCGCUGACUACUCUCUCUAGAUGAUGGUCUAACUGACUUUGACGAACUAAUAGUUAAGACCUUAUUUCCGAUACCUAAAUCUUUGCAAGUGAUUUAGGAUUGAUGGGAUAAAAACAAUGUCACGUGGUAUUUUGGGGGGCAAACAAGUGAUAGCAUUUUCCAAUACGACUAAUCACGGUCGAGUUUGUUUAUUCUUUAAAAACUACAGGAGGAUUUAGUCAUGCUCAGUUUCGACAAGUUUACGUCAUUAUAACUUGCUGUCAGGACAUCUACGGUCACUACCGCAUCUAGAAAAGUAACAAUGAUCACUUUCACCCAUAAUUUGCCAUUAUUGUCUUUAAGAUAAAAUGUUCUUCAUUUUCUGUUGUUUAGAAUAAAAAAACUCGACGGCGAUUUCUUGCAUUGGCAAACUUUAUCAGCUGUUUGCCCCCUGAGAAAGCACGUGACAUCGCUUUUAUCCCAUCAGUCCUUAAGCGCUUGCAAAUAUGGCGGGUAUCGUGAAUAAGGUCUAUUAGACUUCUAUUGAAUUGCCUGUAUUUUGUUGCCCCAAGCCUCUGUUUCAAAGCGAGGCUAAAUGCGAAGCCAUUGAUAUGAAAACGAGUAUUAUUCUCAUGAAAAUGAAAUUAAUUUUCUUGUGCUUAGUCCACUUAUUUUUCUCUGGUUGUGUAUGGGGCAUGUUGAAUUUAGGACUUAUAAUUUACAAGCAAAAUGGAUUUGUUUAUAUUAAUUUUAUUUGUUUUAUAGCUAAUAUCAAUAACUUAAUUCUGGAAAAGUCUUCAGGCUCAGUAAAUUUCUAAUACUUGAAACAACCCUCCAGCUUAUUUAAUCAACUCUGUCUCCAGUUGAAAGUUGCCAUGUCAUUUUUCCGCAGUUUUUUGGCAUCAAACAACAUCCAAACGCUAUCUGCCCAAUUAUUCUCCAGCUUGAAAGAUUUAGUACAACUGUAAGUUAAACUAUGCUUUUAGUUAGCUCUUUACAAAACUAGGGAGAAACAGUGACGUCCCAACUGGUUUGUCCUUGACAGACGUCUGAGAAACGAUUGUAGUAAUUCCAUAAUGAUGACAGGUCACUAUCCAGAUCUGGGUAGUUUGUCUGAUCGCUGGUUGUUGAAGCAAAAAGGCCACUUGCGCUAAGAGGUCACGUGACCAAUGCUUCCUUUAAAAAAUGACUUGGAAUCCUGUUGAUGACAAAAAUUGACAGAGCGCAUAAAAAAUUAUCUUACAACGGAAAUUUGAGAGGAAGCAUAUUUAGGAGAGAUAUUUUAUGGCACGUUGAUUUUUCCAAACUAGAAUGAUUUGUAUUGGCCGCCAUGUUGGAGGUGAGAGGGGUGUCUCGGGCGAUUUGCUCGACGGACCAAGAAAAAAGAGAGACUGCUCGUAGUCUAUUUUGGAGGGCAUACUCUUGCCCUCCAAUAUGGCGGCCAAAACUACUUUUUCUUGCAUCUUGUAAAACGUUUGAUAGUUACGCUCAGAGGGUGCUGUAAACGUGACCACAUCAUCUUUUCAACAAUUUCCUUGAAGUUUAAGUGCAAAAUUUCUGCUCAGAAAGAGGUAAUUCAUAGUUUUAUAAAUCACAUUUUGGUCACUUGACCAGCUACGAACGUACUCAUUUUAAGAAAAUGGUGCGGGUUUGAAAAACUAAAUCACCAUUAUUUUGUUUACGAUAUGACCCACUAAUCGUUUUUUGAAGGCAAAAUCAUACAACUUACAUUUUCACAAAAAUGAUGUCACAUGACCUCUUAGUGCAAAUGGCCUAUUUCCCUCGCGGCACGACCAAUCAGAAGUACGCGUCAUCAGUUUGGAAUUUCUGCAGUCGUUCCUCAAACGUCACUGGUUUCGCGGGGAGACCGAAAGUGGCGUCACGAAAUGUCUUCGUUUUCUCAGGCUUGUUUAUUUCUAAAGAAUUUACUCUAACCGAAACGUUUACACUCGACGUGCAGUGACAUAUAGUUUCUAAAAAUGCUUUCAUUUGAUACGUCCUGCAUUUGACUGAAUAUGCCUCUUUUUUUUUGUCCACGCAGAGAUUUAUCCUCAAACGCCAUCUCAGUUUUACCGCCAGGGCUAUUUUCGAACUUGACACAAUUGUCUAGCCUGUAAGUUCAACAAAUGAAUAAGUAAACAGAAGAAAGGUGUAAAAACGUUACAAAAAAGUUUUUCACCUGCUCUCGCGGAGACAUUUAGUACGAAAAUUUUCGACAUAGCUUUUUGGUGAGUAUUUCUCAGUAUAGUGUAUAAUGAGGAAAAUUACAAUGGCGAGACCUCCUGGUCCAUUAGCACCUGGAUCAAAGAAAACAAGUCCCGUGAUACCUCUGCCGUUUUCGAGCAUAUAUAUUGCCAAGCAACGGGUCACACCAUCAAGCCACACAAUGUAAAAGUACUAUCUGACGAAAACAACACCAUCAAGCCCAGAGUCGUCAAGGAGGCCAUUGCUAUUAACAAGGGAAACCCUCCCUGAAUAGGGAUGAGGGCCGGACUGGAGCUACCAGCAAUUUACAUUCCUGUCUUAGGGAUUCGUAACGUUUCUCUUACACAACGCUGAUGAAGUGUGAGUGAUUCGGAGGAAAUGUUCAUUUCAUUUUCUUAAUUUUUGCUCUGAGUUCAGGAACUCUCUGCACUUAAGGUGUAAAAUGGGACGCCAGUAUGUCUUUCAAAAAUCAAGAAGUCGUUUACUUCCAGGGUCGAUUUUCUAUCAGUCUCGUAAUCUACGUCAUUCCUCUAUUCACGAACUCGUCAAAGGAGGUGGCUUCCUUCCUCAUAUCAGAGAAAACUGGUUACAUGCACUAAACUGAAGGUUUCUACUUUGUAGGCGUGUCCUUGUUGAGAUCACCGUCAUUACGGGGUCGAUAUUUCUAUUGUUCCCCUCUUAUUUUUUUCAGACUUUAUUUGAUAAAAGUUAGGAUAGGAAAACUAAUACUGUGGUGUUUUUCUUCUGCAGAAAUUUGAGUUCAAAUAACAUUGCGACUCUUGAUGCCGAAAUCUUUUCCAGUCUUGGGCAUUUAGACUACCUGUAAGUUUGAAUAGAAAAAAGAUUCAAAGAGAUUUUUGUAAGGAAGGCAUGACAAAAAGAGCGGAUGGUCUUCUCUUCAUGACAAGCAUUACAACGAUGGGGUACCGAACGAGUUUGAGAAUGCCGGUCAAGGUGGUGGAAAUGAAUCUUUAGACAGUUAGUUUACAACUCAAAUCGGAGUAUUCCUGGAAAAAGAAUAUAAUAAUAACCAAUGUAUAAUACGCCGAAUAUUUUAGGAGGUAAUCUGUUUAAAGUUAGCUGGUUAGCAAAUUGUCAAAGAGUUCCUCUACCUGCCUUGAAAUAGAAAGACCACUGAAUUCACCAUCUUCCUGGAUAUUGUUUGAUUUGAAGACAACAGAUCUAUGGGAUUCUAUUCAGAGAGUAUUCCAUUUACAGGGACAUGAGUCCUUGAUGAUUGAUAUAUCAGAAUCUGCCUUCGCGUUUCAUUAAUUAACGGCUUUUGGGGAACAAUUAGUUUGAUUAGUUUAAUUUUUCACCUGAUAUUAUAUUGUACCCGUCGCCGUCAUUUUUAUGCCAUCUUCGAAAAAUUGUAAUUGAGGAGGCCUAAUUAACAUAAGCUCUAUAGUUUCUUUUAGGCCUCCUCGCCAUCUCUUCCUACAUUUUUUUUUUUUUUUUUUUUUGGCAUUUUAAGGUCACUGUGUGGCUUUACAACAAUUAACGUGAGCUAUUACUUAUUUCCAGGUCACUGUCUUUCAACAAGCUUGAACUUCUUCCCGACACCAUAUUCACGAACCUUACAGAGCUGCAAUAUCUGUAAGUUGAGUCAACACUGAAUUUAAUACAAGAGACAACACAACUCGUUCUCUCUGUAUAUUUUCUCCAUAUGAAAUGCAGUAAGAAACCCGAAUUCAUGCUACUGAACAGGGUCCAAAUGUCUCAUGCUACGGAUUUACCUUAAACAGGAUUUUUUCCGAGGACAUACAUUAAUAAGGCAAUGCCAAAAAGUGAUCAUGAGUGAGAGACGAGGAGGAAAGUAUGAAUUAUCCCAAGGGAUUGAAUAUAAGGCGUUUGUUUCUAAGGUUCUCUGGUGUAUGUUUUCAGGGUAGGGUGAGCCAAUAAUGCAAGUGGUGGACCUUGAACUGAAGGGGCACACUCUCGUAAAGGGGAGGGGGAAGGGGAGAGACGCUCUCCAAUAGGUUUCUCGGCACGUCGGCUUCGGGGAGCUAGUUUCUGGUCUUCAAACCCCCACCUCCCAAACCUACUACUGGGAUGUUGGAGAAUAUCAUCUUAGAGAAUGGCUGUGGUGGUUAUAUAGUCGUAAGUGGUUCUUUUUCCAUGAGUAAAUGAUGAAACGGUUAGUAAAAACGUAUUGUUUGACAAGAAAAGAGAAAAAAACAUAUACUAUGGAUUUAUAUGUAUAAAUUCUUGGACCAAUUAAUCCACCGUGAAUAACUGGCACAGAAAUUAAUUCCGAUGCGUUUGGAAGCAGAAAUAAUGUUCGUGUUCACACAGUUCGGAUAAACUUCACAUCAUACUUGCUGCAUAUUUACAGGGAUUUGUCCAGCAACAGAAUCCGAAACUUGACCAAUGGAUUAUUUUGCUGCGUAAAAAAGUUGCAGUAUUUGUAAGUACUGUCAAAAGUCUAAUAAGUGUUACGACAAUUAAAUUCCUAUCUUGUGGCCGUGUUUAAUAAAAAGCUUUUAGGUGUAUACAAAAAUUUGUCUAUUUUAUUUUUUAACCAUUGAAAUCAAAAUCAAAAAUAAAAUUUGUUCCCUUGAUCCAAUAAAAGAUUUUUAACUGAUCAGAGGAUUGAAAAAAUACAAGUGUUCCAAACCAGUUUUCAUGUUAUCAAGAAAGCUUUUCGUGGGCAGAGCUCCCUUAUUUUAUUUUAGUUAAUUAACUUUGCAUUGAUAUUUUGAAGUUAGAAAUAGUUCAUACAACUUUACAAAGUAUGCCUGGUGUGUAGAACGUGUGCAUUCGAUGAUCCUGGUAAUGAAACUCGUUUCGAUCACUAUUAGGGGAGUAGACAAAAACUACUGACAAGAGAGGAUGAGCUACUGAUCAUAUACGAAAAGCACAAGAGAAAUGCUUGUUAGUACUGAUCGGACGAAUUCAUCGCAGACUCAAAAGUUAGAAUCAUCAUGUUGUCAGCUUGAUAAACAGCGAUACAGCGAAGUGUUAAUCCUUUAAUUCUAAAUGGCUGCACUUAUUUUUUCUUUAAAUGGUAGAUAUUCUUUGAAGGAUGUCGUGAAGACAAAACGCGAUUUACAGUUUCUGUAUUUUAAUUAAAAUAAACGGGAAGCUUAUUAAAUCGUGACAUCUUUGCUGUUAUUAAAAAGAUGAAAUCUUAAAAACACGACUUCUACUCGUCAGGUUUUUGCAGAACAAUCAGAUACCUGCCUUCAACAACGAAACAUUUGGUCACGCGCUCAACUUAAAAUACCUGUAAGUAUUAUUAAUUUCAUCUCAGAGAAAGGCCCAAAUAUUUUAUUGAUUCUUUAGUUCAGGUCUGAUGAUCUUAAAACGGUGUUUUUUUUUUCUGCAACAUUGAAAUACAAAAAGGAUUAACUAUCACAAGAGUGAUAUAAUUUCACGCAGUGUUAUGUAUUAUGUCUUGCACUGACUGACUAAAGUGCUAAAAUUUAUUUGUCUAUCGAUCUUUACGCUCAGGUUACUGAAUAACAACAGUAUAAAUUUCAUUCCUGAGCAAGCUUUCUUCUAUCACAGGAAAAUCGAGAUACUGUAAGUAACAACGUAUAUACGGUGUGUUUUCAAUUUUCGUUUGGUUAUACCCGAUAUGUACUUGGAGAUAUCCUAAUCAUGGUAGUAUAUUUGUGAUUAUUACGAAACUGUUUCCAUUAUGGAAGUUUUUAUUUCACAACAUACGAAAGUGUACAAUUAAAAUGGAAGACAUCAUUUUUAACAACUGAUAAAAAGCAGUCACUAGCAAAACAAAAAUCCAUGAUCUUAUAUCACGACUGUUUUCCUUGGACAACCAAUGAUCGAGAGCAAGAAGAAGGCUUAGGGGGUAGUUGUGUUGCGUUUUUUUUUUCAUAAAUCGGAAAGUUUUACUCAAUUCUUCACGUCAAAAUUUACUGUCUGAGUGGGUGAGCAAAUACCUUAUAUCAACUUUGAAAUGUAAAAUCCCGAUCACUUUGCUAUUAAAAAAUAACUUGAGUGAGAUUUUCCAUGGACUUAAGUCUGCAUAUGGGUGACUCGUUCCUUAUCCUUCGCCCCUCUGAAUGCCUGACUUUCUUUGUUUCAAACUGUCAAAAUUAACUGCGAUUUGCAUGGGUACCCAUAGAAGUUGAGUCUUAGUUACUUAGUCCCUAGGCCUCAUUAUUUCGCGCGGCCAAUUCGUUUCGGGUUACGUGGUCCGAGCAAAGAAGCGCGUGUUUCUCGCCCGUUCACCGCGGAUACGUCACCGAAGUGAAUUGACCGAGUAGGCCAGGGAAAACGCCGUACAGUGACUAGGCAAGAGUCUUGGCACAAAUGUAAUAGUUAUUUGAUUAUCACCGAUUUGCUAAAGAUAUUGCCUUGCCUUUUUCUUCUAAGAAUGUUCACGGACAAUAUAAUUGAAAGAGUUGAGGAGAAAGCCUUUGGAUUUGGCAACGUUAAUGAAAGCCCUGAGGGUGGCAUGAAAGUGUAAGUUAGAUUUCCCUAUCCUCGUCCCCAGGGUUUUCUCGUUUUCCAAUAUGCCGCUGCCAUAGUAGUUAAAGAUAUUACCCUGGAAAAGAGGUCGAGAUUUCCCGUCAUUUUUUGCGAACAGUAUGGCACAAAAGCAUGUCGUCAGUUCAAUGGAAGGUCUAUGGCUGCCCCUAUAAACUCACUAUAAGGUUGCACGAAAGGCUAAAACCUCAAAAAAAUCCUUGGCUCCUUUUUCGAUAAUUUGCAAGUUUCACCUAGACAAAAAAGAACUUCAAAUGAUUGGGCUCUGUCAAUGCGUCGGUUUCUGAAAUGCAACUUCAAUCUCGUCGAUAGGGCCUUGCGCUUAGAUCGGCAGGAUUUCUCUUAUAUAAUGUUAAGUCUACAGUUUUUGUAACACCACUAGCGUUCGAUUCGCUGAAUGAUGACUUAUUCUACGACAACAACAACAAAUAACAACAAUUUAUUUCUAAUUCCUUUUUUGGCAGAUACAUGAUAAGGACCUGGGUUCCAGAGCUGAAUCUUUACUCUUUCCAUGAUCUUCGUGAUCAUAAUUCUGAACUGUAACGUAUCUUUUUUUUUUCUUGUGUUAUACACCAUGUAAAAUCUCUCCUAUCGUUUUAAGGUGGCUGAUUAAAAUUUUAAUAAAUCAAAAUUCAUCAAAAUUUUGUCGCAUUUGGCAGAAUUUUUACUUUUAUCGUAUUCUAAAUAAUGAGAACUUUAAAAUGGAAGUUAAACAGACGAAUUUUGUGACACAUUUAAUAAUUACAGUACAACAAUUAUGUCAUUUAUUAUCCAAAAACCCGUCUGUUAAAAUUUGGUCAAAUAAGUUUCAAUGGUAAUGAUUAAUUAUAGUAAGUUGUGUGCAAGUUUAUAGGGAAAUCUAAUGAACGAAUUUUAUUUAAACUGAGCAAAAAUGAAAUAUUAAGGUUGUAUUCAAUCGUUCAUGUUGCCAUGGAAACUACGAACACGCCAAGUUUUACCUGUCAAUCAAAAUCUUUUAUUUUUCACUUGCCAAGUUUCAGCUUGUGAGGUGCAACCUUUCUCUUGCCAUGAUUUGGCAAAUGAUUAUACUCACAAACUGCCAAAACUGUGUUCAGCCACCUUAAGGGUAUAGGGCUCAGCAGUAAGCCUGUCUUUUCUUAAACUUUAUUCAAAAGUGUAGAAUGUAAUUUUAGGCUUCAAUGUCCUUUCUCUCGAACUCUCUGGUUUCAGCUUUGUGGAACCCAGGAAGCCAUAUUUCAUCCAGGCUGCUCUAAUAGUCUAAUAAGGUUUUAUUGCAUAAAUUUCAAGACCAUUAAAUACUUCACUCUUAAAGGCAUUUAAGAGUAAGACGUCCAUGCUUCAAACUCCGCGAAUUUAUUGUCAAUAAAAUAAUCUGAGCGCACGGUCGUAACAAUCAGCAAGGAAGCAGAAAAGAAGCCGGCUUCUGGAACAACCCGCCAAGAUGACUUGACGUCAUGAGUCAUGCGCAAUGAAUUUUAGGUACUUUCCGCCCCAUGUAGGGUAGCCUACGUGUAGCCGCACCCUCGUUUUUCCUUUGGGGAAAGGGUGCGGUUACACGUAGGCUACAUGUAAGAGAAUCCGAGAAAAACUUUGCUCAGUAGAAUCCGGAAUCCUAGGCUUUGGAAUCAGGAACACAGCUCAAGGAAUCCGGAAUCCCGCAAACGAAUGGAAUCCAGAAUCCAAGUUCAACGAGAACAGAGACUGAAAUCCAGGACCUGGAAUCCUGAAAUCCACGGUGUGGAAUCCAGAAUACCAGACUGUCUUGGAUUGCUUUACAUCAUGGGAUAAUUCUUUUCUCUUGUCGUCAUUUUGAAUCCGGAGGGGCCUCUAGAGAAAAGUCCGAUUCACUUUAUGAUCUGUGUUCCUUUUAGGACGCUGAAUGACGAGUUAGUGGGUACACUGAGAUACUUUACGAAGGACACCAACAAGGAUCGCAUCACCAUAUACCUGUCAGUAUACAUACUUCAUAAUAAUAAUAACAACAACAAUAAUUUAUUACUUUUAUAGUCUUGUAGUGCUUAUACAUCGCGUGCUAAGCGCUUGAAAAAGUACACUCUAAAAUAUCUAUAAACUAAUAUAUAAAUUAUCAAAAGCUCAAGCUAAAAUAGUAAAUUAAAACUCUAGCUAAAAAGAACUUUAAUUAACUUACAACGUACAAAGAAGCGAUUUCCUUUCUAAAAUAUAAAGAAAAGAAGUCAUGCACAUAUUGGGUUUACCAGCUGUUAGAGUUGAAUUUUUCUGAAAGUGUUGGUAAAAAAUUAAAAGUAAGAACGUUCUGCUAUUUAGCGUGUUUACAUGGAGUUUAACAGAAUUCUCGAGAAUUAUCUUUUCGGCAUCAAAGCAAAGAACUGAUUGUUACUUUAUUCCCGAAAAUUCUUGGCACUUCGGUAGAAGGCGUUUUAAAAUUCUGGUAGGGGGUCUUUCGAGAAUGAUGUUUCUGUGUGUUUUAUUAAUGCUACGAGGAGCCUUCAACUCUGAUUCUACUUGUACGCACUUUUGGGUAUCCCGGUUUUCCGUGGUACAUUUUACAUUUACAAGAGUUACGUACGCUCCGGCGUGAUAGCGUACGACAUGAAAAGUGUUUUCUUUCCUUCUUCAGAAAUCCUACCUACAAUGAGACCAAGGCGAUUGAAAUCACUGCAAAGAAUUACGAAAGAGCAGAUUUAUCCUUUGUUUCCACAUUCCUGGAGCUGGGAUUCACAUUCACCGCUCAAAAUAAAACCGACUUGACGCAACAUUUUACGAUGCUACCAUGUCCCGAGGGAACCUAUUCUAUGGGAACUCUAGGAUGCGUGGAAUGCCCCCCGGGUAAGAGUGUUAAUGUUAUCGUGCCCCCUAAUUGAGGGGAUGAUAAGUCAUAUCUUAGGUUGCAGAAGAGUAGUAUAGGAGGGACCGGUUAGACCUCUUUUUUGGGGAGGAUUCUCAUUAGCGUGGGGAGGAAUACAUUAACGCCGAUGACGUCAUAGGCUAUUGUCCUCAUCUCAUGAAUAAAAUGUGGUGGAUUUAAUUAAGUAUACUGGUGACUUAAAAUCACUGAGACGUAACGUAAUUAUGCCCGUCCUAUUUCCUGCUGCUGUGAUUGUCCUUGUUCCGGUUCACUGAUUUUUGGCGGGCAAAUCGUGUAUAUUAAAGAGGGUAAAGACAAACUAGCUCUUUUUUUACACUGCAAGCAAUGUUUUACUUACCCCUCUCCUUUUCAUUUUUUAUUUUCCUCCUCCUCCAAAAUUUUAUUAUUUUCCUUCCUCAAAUUUUUUAUUCCCUCCUCCUCCUCCUCCUCCUCCUCUUCCUCAUUUUUAUUGUUUUCCCUCCUCCUCCUCCUCCUCCACCUCCUCCUCCUCAUUUCUAUUUUUCCUCCUCCUCCUCAUUUUUAUUGUUUUCCCUCCUCCUCCUCCUCAUUUUUUAUUGUUUUCCCUCCUCCUCCUCCUCCACCUCCUCCUCCUCAUUUUUAUGGUUUUCUCUCCUCCUCCUCCUCCUCCGCCUCCUCAUUUUGAUUGUUUCCCCCCUUCUCCACCUCCUCCUCCUCAUUUCUAUUGUUUUACCUCCACCACCAUCACCACCAUCGCCAACAUAUUUCUAUUGUUUUCCCUCCACCACCACCACCACCACCACUACCACAUUUCUAUUGUUUUCCCUCCACCACCACCACCACCACCGCCACCACAUUUUUAUUGUUUCCCUCCUUGAGUUUGGCCUUUUGAAUGAGGAGGAGGAGGAGGAGGGAAAACAAUAAAAAUAUGUUGGCGAUGGUGGUGAUGGUGGUGGAGGUAAAACAAUAGAAAUGAGGAGGAGGUGGUGGAGGAGGGGGGAAAUAAUCAAAAUGAGGAGGCGGAGGAGGAGGAGGAGGAGAGAAAACCAUAAAAAUGAGGAGGAGGAGGGAAAACAAUAAAAAAUGAGGAGGAGGAGGAGGGAAAACAAUAAAAAUGAGGAGGAGGAGGAGGUGGAGGAGGAGGAGGAGGAGGGAAAACAAUAAAAAUGAGGAAGAGGAGGAAGAGGAGGGAAUAAAAAAUUUGAGGAAGGAAAAUAAUAAAAUUUUGGAGGAGGAGGAAAAUAAAAAAUGAAAAGGAGAGGGGUAAGUAAAACAUUGCUUGCAGUGUAAAAAAGAGCUAGUUUGCCUUUACCCUCUUUAAUAUACACGAUUUGCCCGCCAAAAAUCAGUGAACCGGAACAAGGACAAUCACAGCAGCAGGAAAUAGGAAGGGCAUAAUUACGUUACGUCUCAGUGAUUUUAAGUCACCAGUAUACUUAAUUAAAUCCACCACAUUUUAUUCAUGAGAUGAGGACAAUAGCCUAUGACGUCAUCGGCGUUAAUGUAUUCCUCCCCACGCUAAUGAGAAUCCUCCCCCAAAAAGAGGCCUAACCGGUCCCUCCUAUACUACUCAGAAGUCACCCCUCCCCUUCUUCCCCCAGAAAGGGGCACAUGGGUGGACAAGUUGAUCACGUACAAGGCUAUUCCAUUAUUGACUAUGUCGACAACCGAGCUAAAGAAAAUUUCCCACAGUAAGUUAUGUCUACUUCCGGAAGAGUGUUUUGAAAUAUCUCUAGUCAGCUAAAAGUACAAAUUAAAAUUAACGCGUAAAUUUGGGACUCUCUAUUUGAUUUAAAAUUAAAAGCGUUUGUAAAAUACUGUAAUCGGCAGUGAUCAGUAAUGUUUUUCUUGUAGGGGGCUUUUUGUCUGACAGUGUCAGCUAUGUAGCGCAACAGUGCGAAAGAUGUCCAAUAGGAGCGUUUGUUUCAUUAGAAAAACAACCAGGUACAAGAUACAAGCAUUGCAGAGCAUGUCCGCGAGGUAAGUAGAUCAUCAUAUAAACAGUAACAGUUUAAUGAGAAUAGGGAGAUUAAGCCACCACGAUGGCGAGGGCAUUUUGCAAAGAGAUCGUCAAAAAAAUUAAUGGUUAAGAAUACACAAAGCAACAACUCUGCACAUGAAUCACAUUUCUUUGGUAUAACUCUUUUCUGUUGGAGCAGACAUACCACAAGAAAUUUCGUGGUAGGAAGUUUUAUUGAGGACGUAAACACACUAUGAUGUAUUUUUUUUCUAAACUAAGAUGCGGUCUCUCAGAAUUCGUUUUCUGGAAAAUUCGCCUACAUUCAUAACAGAUUGAGAGUCGAAAUGAUCUGGAUCGCCUUCUCUUGGUUGCUUAAGCUAUAACCCUUGCACCUUAUACAACCAACCCCUGCUAGUCAUGAAAGCUGACAAUGGACUUUUAAGUUCAAAAGUUACUUUUAUGGCGCAAAAGUAAAUCAUAUAAUCAAUCUAUUUUGACCCAGCUGAGGUUUUUUUCCAUCACAUGAUAUAUAUCCUCCCUUUCUUUUGUCGUUCUUCCUUUAAUUCUUUUUCGGAGACCAAGGUUUUUUAAGAACAUUUUAUCGUGUGUUAAUUAAUAAUCGUUUAAUAAAUGUCACCGAGUAAAAAUAAACCAAGCAUUAGCGAAGCGAAGGGGGCUCCUGUCAUAAUACGUUUGGCUAUCUUCUCUCCAACAAUCCAGAGAUGUCACAAGUGAUAUUUAUAUAAAUAAUUUUUUUUAUUUGUCUUAUUUAUUUAUCUAUCUUAUUCUUAUGAAUUUAUUGAUUUAUAAUUUCCCGCCAUCCGUCGUCCGUCGUCCGCCGUCCGCAUCCACCGUCCGCUUCCUCGUUUUACAGACUCCCAACAGAAAAAAAACCUUUAAGAUCUCCUUUAAUCUCGCAAGAAGUUAAAUGUGGCUGUGCUGACUGUUUUAGUUUUAGUUAAUAAAAGAUUAAAAUAAAUGGCAUACUAAAAGAAGAAUGCAACGGAAGUAAUUUUGGUUGGCUGAUUCGACAAAUGUCAAUCAAUCAAAAAAGUGGGCGGCAGACGUUUUGUAGAGGGUUUGUAUCAGGCUCUCUUUUCGUUUCGCCUUGCCUACCGGAAUGUUAUUUACAAAGCCAAGGACCGCGGAGCAUUUUUUAAAGUGCGGGGACGGUGCCUACCUCUUUUGAAGUAGGGUGGGAAGGGAGGGGGAGAGGGCGAGGGGCAAAUUUGGCUGUUCUCUCUUUUUGGCUGUUUAGAACUGUCAGAUUACUGAACCUUUCUUGGGUCAUUGUUGAGCGGAGUCAUGUUUAUAAAUUUCAAGCCGCUGAAAAGUACCUUUCUCCUACUGAGCCUAAUUGCACAUGUAGGAUCCACAGUACAAGUUUGCAGAUCAUGAUAUUACACUGUAGGUUCCUGUAACCCCUUCAUUUUGUCUAGUAUGUCAUCGAAAUGCGUCAGAGACAACGUCAUCAGCCGACAUAAUUCGUUUUAAGAAACCGUAUAGUUCCGUGGAGUAGUCUUCAGAUUUAAUCGAGAACCUCGGAUAUGCUACUGCCUUGCUGGUUUAAACGCAGAAGUCUAGGACCAAGUGCAGUUUUGUAAAAACAGGCGUUUUGAAGCUUACUACGCAUCAGACCUAGGAUCGAAACGGACCAAUGAUAAAUUUAGAUGCUGGAAGAUUCUUAUUCCAACAAAGAUACUAUUUAUAUGAACGUUAUCCUCUUUAUAUUAGAGUGGAAAUACUAUAUAACAAAGUCUUCGGUCUAACAAUCUAUUUUUUUAUAACUCCAGUAAUAGUAAAAUAUACUGAAGCAAUAUGAAAAAAAAACCUCGAUAUAAGUUAACGAACCUCGUUAUAACAAAGAUAGUUUGCUACUCCCUUGGCCCCUCGUUAUAUCGAGGUUGCACUGUACUUAAUUUUAUUUAUUUUUCCAGCCCCUCCCCCGAAAGCGAAAUGAAAAUAGACCCUGAUGUCGGUUCAUCACGGACGACAAGCAACACAAAGCGCGCGAACUUUACAUGAUUAUACCCUUGGUAAUCAUGCACCGCGGUCAUACAUGAGGGUCUCAAUGGGGUUAACCGAUAGGCAUAAAACGGCCAAAAAUUUAGUCGAAAGCCGUAAAAAUUAAAAAAUUUUAACCGUUAGCCGUAAAAUAGAGUUAACCGUAAAAGAAAUUGUUCCUUAGAUUUGUUAAAAUUAAGGAAGGUGCUAAACUCACUUAUGGUUGUGUUAUUUAUUUCCCGGCUACUUUGACUCCGUACGUACGUUAGGGCAAUCGCGUUUUAGUUGUGACCUAGACCUACAUGUAGACUACAUUUCCGCCGCUCUCUCGGGGAACUAAAUUUUUCCACAGCGAAAAUAUGGCUUCUUGCGGGAAUUAAAUUUGCGAUUUUCAGGAGGUCGUGCCCUCGAAAUACUAGUGAAUCAACACCCAGAGAUGCCACUGUUUGUAAAACACGUUGCCGAUAAACAAUAAUUCCCCGUAACAAUUCGCCGUUUUUCUCUUACGCUACGGUUGACACUGCCAUGCCUAGUCCCUGUUCGGCGUCUUCCCACACAAUCUCGGUCAACUCAUUUCGGUGGUGUAUCUGAGAAAAAAACUCGCCCGGACCAUGUGACCCGAACCUCAUUAGCCGGGCAGAAUAAUGAGGCCUAUGGACAAGGCAACGGCACACAGUCUUUCUGUUCAGUCCUUCGCUAUCAUUAAAAACACUGCAGGAGGGAAUUUUGUUAUUGGCCGUUUUCAAGGUAGAGCUGGAAAUGGAUUAUCCGUCUGAGACUGGCCUGUGUACAGUCAACCCCUUCCCCACAGACACCCCUUUUCCAAUUUUUUCUGAUGGGAGGGGGCGUCUGUACACAGGCUAUCUGAAACGGAUAAUCCAUCUCCAAACUAUCCGCCAAAAUUGACGAAUAAAGUCAGGCGGAUUUUCAAAAUUAAAACCAUUCCAUUUUCAAAUUAAGACGUAUUACCUAUCUGACAUCUCACACGAAUAAUCCGUCUGUAGUGUGAAAACGGCCAUUUCAGUUAUAAAUGAAUGUCCCCUCUGCCUUGAAUUGGGCUUUCCCAUUUCUGCUUUUGCUUUUUCUUAUUUUUAAAUUGACUAUUGAAAUUUCUAUGCGUAGAAUAAUAUUAGAAAUGGAAUACUUUAUGACAAGUAUGGUCUAUCAAAUGUUAAAAUUUUCCAAAAGAAUAGCUUCAUUUUAUCGCGAGAUGAUCCUAAGACCUUUAUUUUGCUUUGAAGAUACAAAAAUACAGGUUUAUUAAUAUUUAACUCUUUGAAACAAAAGAAAUUAAUUUUUAACUUUUUUGUUAACCGUAACUAAAAAAAAUUAACCGAUAGCCGUAAAAUAGCCAAAAUUGACAUGACAUGAUUACCCCUGACCUUGAGUGUCCUUGACGUGGUUAUUGUAUAAUCCUCAGCUAGAUGAUGUCCCGGGCUCUUAUUUCGAAAAUUCAUUGUACGCUUUCGGCCAAUCAGAAGAGAGAUAACGAGUCGAAUGUAUAUUAACAACAAAAAUUAGCUUUCUUAACCCUCUUAAUAGCCUAUGCGUGAAUUCAAAAUAUAUCCAAUUAAUUUAAGGCGCCAUAAAAAAAAAGUCAUUAAAAAAAAAAAAAAAAACAGAACAAAAUUCACCUACGUUCGCGUUAACUUGAUUUUCCAGCCUUCUCUGGCAUCGGGAAUCGAGCUUAAGAAGGUAAACAAAUCAAUAAACACUGGGAAAGUUUCGUUUGGGUUUAUUUUAACCUUAUUUUCUUCCCGCGAAAAUUACAUCACUGUUGUACUGUUGCAUUUCAAAAUUAAUGGAGUAUCAAACAAGUUUUAUUUAUGGUUGUUAACAAAACACAACCUGAUCUUACUAAGAACGUUGACCAAUAAUAACAAUAAACUUUAUUGUCUGUGUCAGAUACUUUAGGUAUAUAAGCUAACUGGGGACAUAAACAGAGUAUCUUUUUUGAUCAAAGUUUGCGAUAUGCACUUAAUACCAAAGAGCAUUAUUUUCUACAAAUGGAGCAUAGACAGGAAGAGCAGAAGGGUGUAGUGGGGGGCUCUCUAAUUUCUGAGGACUUUUAAGAUUUGAAAACUAAAAUGGCGAAGUUAAAACAUUCGGCGCAGAAAAUUGGUGCAAUGUGAUUUUGAGCGUAAGGGACGGAUCGUUUAUUACAUCCCAGAGGGAGGCGGGGGUUUUCAGAAAAGUGUGGUGUAUCAAAACUUUACCCCCCACAAAAUAAUUACAUAUGAAAAUUGUAGCCCCCCUUCCUUGGCAAUAACAGUUUUUAAAAUGCACCCCCUCCCACCCUCCAACCCCUUCUAGACCAAGUCUCUUCUUUCAUCCUUGGGCAUUGAUGUCAUAGGCUAUUAGAUGGCGGUAGUCAGCAGUCAGCAGCGUAGCGUGAGAUUUGGAAGAUGCACUCAGGACAAGAAAAGUUAGCCCGCCCAAGGCGCCUCAAACCUUGGGAAGUCUCAAGGCAUGCUACCCCAGAAAAUUUUUAAAUUUAGGGUAUCGGAAAUGCCAUCUCCGGCACCUUCUGAAGGACAUUCUCAGUAAAUAAAGUCGAAGGAAAAUGCAGUGAUUAGUUGUUUAUUUUACCCAUCUCUAGUGUUCUCGAUAAGCUACAGUAAAACAGUGAUUCCAUAAAGGAGGUUCAAGCAAAGGGCGAGAUGUGUACCCUUAUGACAGGCAAACUCUGUUGUAAUGCCAUCAAUAUCAAAACGUCCCUGUGCUCAUAUGCAGAGAAUUGCAAAAGAGCUCAAUCUCUCACCUGUCAUGAUUCUUCGUAAAGGAGUUUGAAGUCUUUUCAUACCGCUGAAGCUAAGCUCAGCUGUGUAUGUUGACCCAGGAUAAGAGAACAAAGUUAUCAGAGCCCGUGACAUAUAUAUGCCGGGAUGGAAUUGGAGUUGGCUUGAUCAAAAGUCUCAACCAAGGUCUGUGAUAAAGGAAAUCCUAACACAAAACACCAAUAUAAUGUGAAAUAUUUAUCCCGAUUUAAUGAUAAAAAUGCUUUCCGGAAAUUAAAAAAAAAACCUAUAUAUUUUUCCAGAUUUCGGCUGUAUGCAUAGACGUAUGUGCGUAAAUGCAAGCCACAUUCCUGGUAGGAGAAAUAUCUGAUAGUUCCCGGGCCGAGCUUUAUACAGGUAACAUUUUGCAGCUGACAAAGAACCGCCAAAGUGUAUUUUUUUUGUCUUCUAUUGAAGGAAACGCAUUUGCUACGGACUUUAACGAAUUCCUUGUUGAUAACCAAAGUAGAAUAAACAAACCUAUAUUAAGGGGUAAAAAGCCAAUGAUAACUUGACAACUAAAUCCACGAGGCUCUACUUUAAACCAAAACAGAGGAACUCUGAUGUAAGUAACACCCGCCAAUUAACAAUCAUGCAAGGUAAGCUAUAAUCCCAAACGUGCACUUCGAGGUCUGACACACACAUUUAAUUAAACUUUCAGAUAAAUGACACUUAUUAGACUAUAUGUUGAUAAACCCUAAGAAAUAUAAUAACACGCAAAACUUGUUGACACAAAUGCAGAGUAACCUUGAUCUACAAACCUAAUCAUAAUGAGACUCUAAGCACGAGUAAAACUUUAAGUGCAAACAUAAAAUGAACUAAAUAAAAAUACCACAUGACAAAUAUCCUCAUAACAACCUAGAAAAUACUUCACAACGCUAGUUUAAGAACUUUCUUAUAGUUAUGUUUAAGAAGAAAAGUGCUGGUCACUUGAAUUCAUAGAUCUGUUGCAUACGUUCUUGCCUCUAAAAAUGUCUCUUAUUGCCGGAUAGGGAGUGCAUUCCCAAGUUAGGCUAAACAGGUUUUUACUUAAAUGGUAAUCAGCACAAAUGUAAAUAGGUUCUUAUUUUCUGAAGAAAAAAAUGCAUUGUAGCUAAAAGUAUGUAGUGGUCAGUUCAGCUCUUUCCUUAGUUAAAACCUGCACUACAAUAAUUACUAUUGCAGGAGUGAUAAGGCACACAUGUUUCUCCAAAGAGGGAUCCUGAAUGUUGAGUUGUCUUUUUUGACUAAGUUUGUAGAAUUUUUUAUAGAUUUUAGAAAAUAAGAACUUGUUUCAAACUUUAGGCUAAACCGGUUCUUGUUUAGAGAGGGCCUAACUGGCAAAUUUAAGCCUAACACUCACCUGAGGUUCUUAAAAUCCAGGUUCUUAGUCGCGGGUUUUUACUGUGUUAUCCUUAUAAUAUUUCCAUCUGGUUCAGUUACCGAUGUUACCAGCUACGAGUAGUAUAAUAGGGAGGUCAUUGAUAACAAUUAAUUCUUCAUUGACAGUUAAUUGACUAAAACAGCUGCCCACAAGUCGGCAACUUCGUCUUCAGACCUCUUCACCAAAUCUAUUUUCAAUUGAGUCUUUGAUAUGCCAUAAAAGUGCCAAGACGAAAUCGUUUGAAUCUUGGAUCAACUCUAACCGCUGAGACUGUUCUUGGAAGAACAAAACUUUUUUUUUGGACACUGCAAUAAAAACAGAAGACCAACUGUCAUGUAAAAGGCCAAAAUAAGUCCAGUUUGGGUCCUCGGCAGAGAUAGACAGUAGCUGGAGAAUUAACUGGGCUACGGAUUUCUGGAUUAAACUCCCUGGUCGUUUGGCUUCGAUGACUCCAACCGGAACAUUAUCAUAAUACAAUAUGUAAUCUGGCUUACUAGUAGGAAGUGAAUCGCAUUUCAGGGUUCGUUCAGUUUUGAAUUUCAAAUUCCGGUAUUUAUAAGUACAAAGCGUUUGUAAUAUGGCGUCGAUAACCAUUCUUAUAUCUAUUUCCGUUGUGAACUGAUCACCCCGACCUGCCUUUGCCAUAAUAAUACUCUCAGAGAUCUUCUGAAAUAAUUCGUUGUUGAAAAGGGCGUCGAUAUUCGGACCCCGCGGUCUAAACUCAACGUCUUCCCAUUUCACGUAGCGGGCUAACAUAUCAACAGUCCAAGUUGAUCCUGAGUGAUCACGAUCAGACUUGAUAUUUUUGGCCUUCUCGUAUUCUUUCCACAGUUUUGUAAGUUGAUCGAAAUCGACCGAGCAGAAUUUAAAUACAUCCUCAAGUUGUUCCCUUGCCCUUUGCACCGCUUCCGUUUUUUCUUCUUCUGUCUCGAUCGAGUGUUUUUCGAGCUUCUCAAUGACCUUUCCAAGAAGCGAUCCUUCAGUAUUCACGGGGCACAGCUUUUUCUUGAUCACACUGUUCACUGUACUGUUUGCCGUCUCGGGAAGCGAAUCAAGAAAGGUUUUCCAAGAGCAUUGUUCGUCUUCGCUGACACAGGGUUGCCUCCAGGCCGUGGAUGUCGAUAGAGGCCCAUUAUUGACAAAAGGAGGUAAAGCAAACGGAAUAUAAGGGCUAUUGCCAACAACAGAAAUCGGUACAGGCCAAGAAGAACAUCUCGUCAUAGUGUAAGGAUUGCUACUCGGCACGAAAACAGCAGGCAAAUUGUGUGGAUUGUGACUUGGCACGAAAGUAAAAUUAGCAAACUGAGGAUUGCCGCCAUUGCCUAGAUAUGUCGUUGUCAAAUAACUCCACCAAUUGUUAAGGGUGUAACUCGGCCAGCCAUUAGCAGUAUUCAUGGUAGGAGCAGUGUGAAAAACAGAAAACAUGGCAUCACCAAACUAACUUCCGUGUGUACUCCGUGUGUACUUUCACUUGAACGCGAUGCACGUGAACGCUUUUACAAAAUAUGCAAAUAAGUAUGAAAGCACCCUGAAAGAAUAGCGUUUACAUAAGCCCGGUCGCUGUGACGUCAUGUCAAAACACUACAUUAUUCAUGAUCAGGAAAGAUUGCACAAUCAUUCUCAGAAAUCAAUACGAAUCCUUUCCCAUUCCUUAGAAAUUUCGUGAAACAAACUUCUUUAGCUUGUAUGUUAUGUUGUCCCAGUGUAGGUCGUGUUAUAACUCACACUGAGAGAACUGUUCAUUCAAAUUCCAUGUUAUUACCAUGCAAAUGUACGCAGAAGUGUGGCUACCCCUCCCCUAAUUAAGCCAACAUUAACACUUAAUUCUCACUUAGGGCAAAAUGUUGGCUUAGGGGAGGGGUAGGUGGGCAGUUUCCCAGAAACGUAUUAUGAUCCAUCACUCUUACCUAGACAGGUAUAGUACAGUAGCAGUAUAGCUUUUAUCGACUGAUAUCUGUUUAUGGUAAGUUUUUGUCACUCAUUAGGUACAAACACUGAACGCAUGGCUGGGCUCUUUGCUUGCAACUGUUUGGAUGGAUUUUAUCGAACAAAUAUCUUUGGAAAAUGUUUUGAAUGUGAAGGAAGCGAAUUCGAAGGUUUGGAUUGCUCUGGAGACUACCUGGAUUUGAAGCCAGGCUACUGGUGGGCGUGGCAGAAUUACACGCACAAAGAACGCUACAGGAACUUCACCUCAAAUAUUAAGAACCCUGCUCCCGCAUAUGAUCCAGGACAAGGUCAGGACUUCAUUGAUUAUACUUACCCUAUGCCGAAACCUACCAAGUGUCCUCGAGAAAGGUCAGUCGGUCAACUACAGUUCAUGAGUUUUGUGACUAGUGACUAGUGAGUUAAAAUUUUGUUUUGUUUGUUUGUUUCCAGGUCAUUUUUUAAAAAUAUGUUCUAAUCGUGAAAGCCGAAUAGGAGAGGAGAAGUCCUUACGUUACGUUGCAAUGGAAGCAAAAUUUCUGGAUGACAACAAAACCAAAAAGCCACUUAUUUUAAAAAGUGGAUUCGCACUGUUUCAAACUUUAUCGAUCUUAUUUAAUUUCUUUUAAUUUGUCAAAUGUUGGCGAAAUUAGGUCUUGAAAUACGACUAAUCAAACAUGGUACAACACUGUGCUUUAAAAAAGAUGUUUAUAUCCUCUUUUGCAUUUGUAGAUCUUGCCCUGGAGGUGUCGCGUCCUUAGACAAUCCUUGUGAACCAGGCUACGAAGGCCCUGUCUGUGGGAUUUGCAGUGACGGAUACUACAAACAGAUACAAGCUUGCAGAAAAUGCCCCACCAAGACAGCCGUCGCAAUACAGUUGGCGUUGAUUGCAGCUGCCGUGCUCCUGGUCGUUGCAAUUAUAAUCUGGUACAGCAGAAAAAAUGUGAAGAAGACACAAAGACGUGCCUUGAUUGACAUCGUGUUCGCCCGACUGAAAAUUAUCAUUGGAUUUUAUCAGGUAUGAUGCAGACCAUAAGACUGGUUUCCCGAAAAGUAUUCUUUCAUUUUUCUCAAAGAUAGGAUAGCAUGUGAGACAUGCUAGCGCUAAGGAAUCGAUCGUCCCUCUUGAGAAGACACAGAGCAUUUGUGGCUGAUUUUCCCAGUUCUUUAAACAACUCAGAAGAAAGUACGUGGUGCCUUUGUAAUGACAUCUUCAAACGGUUAGACUCCCAAAUCUUCUCUCGGAUAAGGACGAAAAACCGCAGGUCCUCUCUCACAGCGCUUUUACUCAUCUGGUUCUUGCUGGACGUAAAAGAACCCCCACCAAUGUUCAAAAAGAGUGGGGGACGUAGACCCCGAUGGUGUGGCCAACUUUUACUAGUCCGAGUGGGUUAUCUGUGAGGAGAGAUCUUCUGAUGUGGGGAUAACCACGUGAUCCUCCUUCAGGUGUCGUAAUGGCUACCUUUAAACAUUCAGUGUAUGUAAUAAUUCCAUGCAGUUGCACUCCUUCCAUUAUUACUUCCAUUCGCCUAUUUAUUCCCAUUGUAGCAUCUCUCUGACAUCUAAGAGAAGCCCUGGCAGCUGUUUACUUGAAGAACUUGUCAAUGAGCGAGUGUCGUAUUGACUGCACUGAUGGCUUCUAAUUAAAAAUUGAAUCGCCAUUCGAUAUCAGUGUAGAAAAGUGAAGAUUCAUUCAACAAGAUUUUUAUUUAUUUUAUAUUAUUAUUUUUGCCUGUGACGGGGAAAUCUUCGAGAAGCCAAAUAACGAACUUAUAGGAAAAAGAGAUUUUCCUGAUGAUGCGCAUGCCAAAUCCAUAAAUUGUUAAUAUCCUCUUUAGCUUUAUACCGUUGUUUUUAUGAUGAUUUAUGCUUUUUAUUUUCUUCAGGUAACCUAUGGUCUUUUAGAAGCUUUUUCGUUCGUCAGAUGGCCAGACGCCUUGGAAGAUAUUGCCAAGUAUUCAGAAGUACUGCAGUUGAAUUUUCUUCAGAUGGCACCAUUGCACUGUCUGAUUAGAGGGAUAAAGGUAAGGGAUCAUCACAAAACGAUGGGCGGGGUAGCCCAGGUUUCUAGGCCUCUGCUUGCCCCUGAAAAAAAGAUGGAGAAGUUCUGAACUUCUCCCAGGGUCACUACUGCGGAGUAGUCCCAAAAUGAUUUAUUUUCCUCCAUGCCAGAGGUUGAACGGAAGAUAACUAUAUUCGCAUGAGAAAUUAUACAUGUGACAGUUAUUAGUAUGAGGACCUAGUUGACGUCCUAUAAAAUAGCGGAUAAUGAUGAUAGGCCAGAACUCGAAAGCGCAACAAAAUUCAUUGGCGCUUUUAUUUCAGUACAUUUAAAACUCUACAGUAAGAUUAUUGCGCUAUUGCAAUAUCUUGAUUGCAAUAAACGAUAAAGGUAAGAUAAUCAGAAAUAACUUACUAUACGGUAUCUUUGUUAUCUCCCAAAAGGUGGACGCCUUUGGUAGCUUGUAUGCAGCCAUGGCAUUGAACGCUGCUGUUUCGUUGCUGUUCGCUUCGAUUUUCUGGUUGCGAAAGUUGAUGAUCCGUUUAGACAAAACUUUGUCCGAUGCCGAAAAAACAAAGAAGAUCUCCCACACUAAAGAACUUGUUUACCGAAACCUGUUCUUCUUCCUGUUCGUGACGUACUUGAGCACGUGUUCAAAGACAGCUAAUGUCCUGCCUCCUGCCUGUCGCCGGCUCUGCAUUAAUCGAGAACAGACGCUUUGUGACGAUUACUUGAAGGCUGACUAUGGCAUCAAGUGUCAUGGCUCACAGUACCAUGUGCGACUCAUAGCGGCAUAUGUGAAUCUUGCCUACAUCUUCGCACUUCCAGCUUUUUGUAUCAUUGUUCUUUGGAGACAAAAGAGGGUGUUCCUGGGUUCAGAGGGAAAUGAAAGGUACUUGGCUCCUCAAGAGAAUAAGGAAAUAGUGACAGGAUUGCGUUUUCUUUAUGAAAACUACAAAACAAAGACCUGGUAUUGGGAAGUGAUUGAGAUGGCGCGAAAGGUAACAUUUAUUUUCACUCCCCCCUCCCCUCCCUCUAACACUUAAAUUUCUCCUCACUCCACUCCCCGCUUCCCUGAUACAAACGGUUGCAGUUUGGUCUCGACUUAUAUUACCAUACUGUGACAAAACAAAACGAUGACUGUCUCGUACCAUGCCUCAUUAGCCUUGACAAACAGUAGCUUAUUUUGUCUUAAAUAUUACUGUGUACGGCUUUUAAAACAACUUACGAAACUUCCUCUAUAAUAAUACAACUACCAUGUCAUUCUCCUACUAAUUUUCUAUCACUUCUUCAUUUUGUAACAAAAGAAAGACCUUUUACCUUUUAAAAGGUUUCUCUCUUUCUUCAAUCGUUUGCACUUCGUUAACGGUUUCAGAUAGCCCUGACGUCUGGCUUAAUUCUGGUGGGUGGUGAAACCAGAGUCUUCGUUGGCGUGACUUGCGUCCUUGCUGCGCUUUAUGGGAUGGCCUUUGCUUACUACGCUCCUAUUCAAGACUAUUUCGAGAAUAACUUGAUGGUUUCUGCACUCUCCGUUACAUUUGUUAAUCUGGGUAUUGGAGCUGUGAGCAGGAUACCUGCAGAGAACCGCCCACCCGCCGAGGAUCCUCUUCUUGACACCCUUAUGUUCAAGAUUACUGUGAUUGGGGCGAACACAUUGGUGAUUGGACAACUAAUUAGUAAGAUUACAACUACCACUCGUCAGUGGUGAUGUUGCUUAAAACACCUUUUGAUUACGAUACUCACUGACUGGUGUCAUAGUAAUUUAUCCAGCUUUAAUUUUGUUGUAUUAUCUUCUUAGUUGUUUGUUUGUUAAAGCUCCACUACAAACACUGAGGUGGCUCUUGAUAUACCGUGUCUCCUGGAAUCAUAUUACCAGUCAGCCAGAGUCAAGUCAAUUAUAGAGCUAGAGAUAUCAAGAUUUAUUACACGGUGGCGCGAAGAUACGAAUUUUAUUUUCGAGUGGAAAAACAAUAUUUUACGAACGAGCGCAGCGAGUGAGUAAAAUAUUGUUUUUGCCACGAGAACAUAAAAUUCAUAUCUUCAAGCCGCCGCGUAAUGUUCUUUUUAUUAUAUAGACAAAAAGACAUUGAUAAAAUAAUAGAGAGAAAUUACCGAAAUUACGUUAUCGAUAAACUCACGGGCGAGAUUAUGGAAAAUAAACCACUCGGGUCCCGGAUGUAGUUUUUAUGAAUUUUACGAGUGCCAUAUUUAACACUCGUGUCUAUAUAAUAAUUAACUUUAAAGCUAGUCUGUAGACAAAAUCCUUAGGUCUCACAUUUCAAGUAUAUUCUUCGCAUGAUACCACUUGUUCUUGAAAAUUUUCCAGGGAAAAUGGGGUUUUCGGGCUUUGGGGGAGGGAGUGGACGGAUAACUCUUCUUUAAUUUUUUUUUUUCCUUGUGACAUUCCUAACUCAAUCAAUAAUCUCUUACUUUCAGUCGAAUACUUCUCAACCGUUUUCCGCUUCCUGAAGCAGUGGAUCAGACAUCCAUAUUUUUCAAUUACCUGUUGUCAAAACCUUCUGCUUCCUGUAAACGAUACGGAGGAAGACAGCGGCGGGAUUAUUGGUAAAGAUGAUGACCUCAAAAGCCAGCUUGAAAUGGAAGACGGAAGGCUAGAGAUGACUCCAACCCAGAGAGGGAUGAACAAUGAAGGCUUGGAAGUUAUUGUUGAAGACAGUGAAAUUGACGAAACAGGCAUCCCAACUACCAAGGCUCCUCUGGGCAGGUCAGUGAAAAGGCAGAGAUACAACGACGUCGAUCUCGGAAUUGGUGGUUCAUCUGUCGGAGCACAAGUAGAAAGCGGCAAAGCAGCAGUGACCAAAGUUGAAGUGCACGAUGUCGAUGUGGAAGUUCACGGAGCUAGAGCGAACAUGAAUGAAGCUAGAGAGCAGGUGAAUGUUGAAAUGCGUGAACAGGAGGUACAGACAGACUUGUCCCUGCUGGAGGAAAUGGACCAGGAAGCCAUUGAGCAGUUAGGGUUUGCUUACGACGAAUCUCUGUAAGCAAAGUUGUCUUAUAUUACAGAUAGGAGACACUCGUCUCUCAGGGCAAGGUCAUCCUAGAGGCUGUUCCACAAAUAAACGCUCAUUCCAUUGGGAAGUAGUAAUAAUAAGUAAUAAUAAUAAUAAUAAUAAUUAAAACUUAUAUAGCGCAAAUUUUCCAUGGCACAUGAUCAAAUGCGCUUUACAAUGAGUUAAAAAGAAAGACUAAAAAUGAAUAAAAUUUACAAGCAAGUAGAAAGAAUUAAAAAUGAAAUAAAAUAACAAAAAGUGAUAAAUAAUAAAAUAAACGAAACAAAUACUCUACUACAAAUUAAAAGCUUGUUUAAAAAGAUAUGUUUUCACAUGGCAUUUAAAAUUUGAUAGAGAGUCAAGGCUGGAUAUUUUACUAGGUAGGUUGUUCCAGAGCUAUGUGGCCGCAGAACAGAAUGCUCUACCACGAAGUGUUGGGGGUAUCUUGCCGCUUGAAUUGGAACCUCAAGCAUAACUUUUUUGCUGGAUCUGAGGGAAUAUCCAGUUGAUUUCCUUCGGCUAUCUCGAGGGUAAUACGCUUCUAGCAAAAGGACUGACCCUUGUGGUAGUAUUCCUCCUCGUAACUGUAGUUUAACAGGAGUCCUAAAGAUAUUUUUGUUUCUUAUAAUUAUUAUAAUAAAAAUUAAGUGUGGGAACUACCUACUGGAAGAGCAAGGCCUGUGACAAAGGUUGUUUCGGUGUACCAGAAGAUAUGUUAGGUCUCCAUGUCCGUCUAUGGCUUCUUAACUGACCUCAAGGGUAUUAUGAUGAAAGGUUGAUGCCACUGUGCGUUUUGAGGGCUUCUAGAUGGAAAAUUAAGGGCGUGGCAGAGUAUUUGGGUAUAUUCGGGCCUUAUAGGUGUCUUUUGAGAUAUGCCGAAGCCAAGUCCUUGAACGACUGACGUAAAACAUACAACGUUGUUAUAAGAUGUUUUUAGAAGUACAAGCUGAGGAAAAGAUAUGAGUCAUGUUCUUUGAAGGAUCAACCUAGACCCAGGAUAUACGGUACACAUAACCUAGUUAAUGGCCUUUCUAUCGCCUCAGAGUCUCCCUUAGCUCAGUGGUAGCGUGUUUGGACUAGCUAUUACCCAUUAGGUUAUAAGCUGUUGAUGUCUCUGACUGAAGAAACAUUAUUUUCAUAUCAUAUACUCCCUUGUACAAAAGCUAACAUAUUUUUUAACUUUUCAGGUGUCAGCCUGAGAUAGUUGGGGACGUCACCUCGAACCCUGCGGAGAGGAAGAAUACUCAAGGUCACGUGACCAAUGAGGGCUGCACAAAUGAGGCUUUUGCAUUGGAAAUUAGGCCUGAAAAUGAGAUGUAAGUGUUCUUUGGGUCUGCAUGUCCAACGUUGGAACUGUUUGAAGUACCUAUUAGCUGUGAGCCUGCCUACCCCCUGUGCAGCGUAUUCCCAGGCCUUCUCGGUGAAUGCAUUUCGGUGACGUAUCCGACAUAAACAGCGGGGAGACUUACAAACUCUCUCGGACCUCGUGCCUGACCCGAAACACAAAGGCCGCGCGGAAUGUGGACGCCUAGGGACUAGGCAAGUCGAGGGCGUCACAAACAGGUGAUUUAGGCUGCUUGUUGCAUCUAACAGCGAAAGGGGAGGGAGGGAGACAUACUCGUCAUACUGAAAUUCCUAUAAUAGUUACUUCAUGUCUUUCUUAUGCCUUUCUAGACAACAGCCCUUGGGUCAAGUCACCGUCCAUUCAAGUGGAAAAAAUAACCUCGCAUUUGAAACCGAUAAAACAUGAAGACGUAGUCAAGUGGUCUGUGACGUGAGGGCAUUGCUGUGGAAACGGAAGACGAUAAAAGCACAGAUUGUAGAUAGCAAAUAAGUAGGCUUUUAUUCAUUUGUUAAGUAGCGCUUUUCGAAAAAGAUUUUAUUUAAACUGUUAGACGCGUAUUGCAGUCUAAAUGGUCGCGACAAACUAUUUGUCUUAAUUCAACCGGAAAUUUAGACCAAUUUGUUCCAUAGUCGAUUAGUAUCUUUUAUUUCACUAAAUCGAACAAUUCGGGAAAGGCUGGGGAAAGUUGGAGAAAGGGAAAUGAAGAGUGCCAGAACGAGUUUCGAGAUUUAAUUAAAAAGCCAUUACUUUGCUGUGGAAGAACGGAUAAACUUUUACAUUGGCAGUUGUUUUUUCUUUUUGGAAUCAGUUUCCCAUGCUUGGUACUGAACAUGACUUUUUUGGCCAGUUAAAUAGACACUUCGAAAACCGCUUGUACAAAAUAUUCUAAAAUUUAGUUUCAAUAAUAGUUUCAUUAGUAAGUUACAUCAUCGCGUGCACAAUUUUGGUUGAAAAUAUGCUUCAAAUGGUCAAUGUAAAGUUAUCGCUUAUAGAUGUACAACUGUAUGGUCUACUGUAAUUUGCAGCUUUAAAGAUCGUUACAAUGGAAACAUUAAAAACGAAUGUUAAAACUAUAUCCUGUGUUUCAUAUAUAGAAAGUUACAGAUUAAAAAGCCAGACCAUAACGACGAUUACGCCAAAAAAGUCAAGAACAAGUGGCGUGCAGUGAGCCACCCUCGAGAAUUCCCCUACGGGUCACAUAAACAACAGGGAACGGAUAGACCACUUGCACUAAGAGGUCACGUAACCAAUGCUUCCUUUAAACAAUGACUUGGAAUCCUGUUGAAGACAAAAAUUGACAGAGCGUAUAAAAACUAUCUUAUACCCGAAAUUUGAGAGGAAACGCAUUUAAGGGAGAUAUUUUAUGGCACUUUGAUUUUUCAACCAAGAAGUAACUUAUUAUUUGUAUUGGCCGCCAUGUUGGAGGGUAUAAUCUUGCCCUCCAUCUUUUCAACAUUUUCCUUGAAGUUUAAGUGCAAAAUCUGUAGUCAGAAAGAGGUAAUUCAUAAUUUUGAAAACCACAUUUUGGUCACGUUACCAGCUACGAAUUUACUUAUUUUAAGAAAAUGCUGCGGGUUUGAGAAACCAAAUCACUACUAUUUGGUUUUAAGAUAUGAACCCCAAAAAACAGGGACUUUUAAAAAGUCACCCACUAAUCAUUUUUCGAAGGCAAAAUCAUAUAACGUUCAUUUUCAUAAAAAUAAUGUCGUAUUGCAAAUGGCCUAAUGCAUUGGCUUUGAGGUUCCUUUAUCAUUUUAGGAAUUUAACCCAAUUCAAUGCUGAAAUGUUAGCGUUGGUCAUGAAGGCCACAUAUUAAAAAAGUAAUCCAUGUUGACAACGGAUGUUUCGAUCUCUCAUAUACAAUGUGUAGUAACGUGCUCUGAUACGAAUGAACAUUGCUCCUUCUGAACUGCGUUUAGGAGCGUAAAAAAUUAAACACAUCUCAUGAAAAGACAGAUUUAAAAUACUUUUUUUAUUUAGAAAUUAAUCUUCAAAAACGCGCUGACAUAUUAUUUCUUUUAAGAUUUCGUUGAACGAAAUCGAUGCUCAUUGUUAUAAUUCUUAUCCAAGCAAACUGUUAAUGAAAAUAGCAAACAUAACGAAAACCCCUUUACAGUGUCAUUCAUUCGAAAGCCAAGGUUUGUGUUUCAGGGGGAAGUUCUAAUCAAAUCAUAAGGUAAAUGUUUUUUUCCGCACUUCUACCGACAACUAAAUGAAUUAAAGAGCGGGGAAAGGAAAUGUUAUAAAAUGUUAUUUAUUUGAUGUUUCAUUUUUUUUCUUUAUUGUAAAAUAUUGUGCCUCCCUCCGUAUUAAGAUGCCAAAUGUGGCUAACUAUCCAGUCUUGAUCAGGUGGUGUAAAAUAGCAGCUAUAAAUUUAGCCUGAGUAUCGGGCGUGUCUGGGGAAAAGGGGAAAAAUGGAAGCGAAAAAGGGAGAGAGGUGAAGGAGAGAAACGCCUGACACAGAUGCUUUUACCGGAGCCUUCCACCCCCACACAGCAUGAUUCGAUACCAUCCAAUCAAAAUCACUUCCGGUCAUUGGGUUGUCAGCUUCACUUGCCAAAAAGCACGCCUCCCCCCUCCCCCAUCUAAAAUCUCUUCUCCCCUAGCCCCGUAGGAAGGCCUGAUACUCAGGCUACUAUAAAUUGAGUUCCCUUGACAAAAUGGAAUGAGAACAUCUGUAUCAUAUAAACGAAUAAAACCUGGGCCGGGCAUUUGGCAACCCCCGGGACUUCCCGAGCUUUUGACACGCACGCGGUUUCCUGGAAAAGGACAGGAAUAAAUUGUAGAGGGUUGUAAAGGCAUGUUCUGUAUUUUACAUGUAUGUAUGCAUUUCUUUAUUGCUUAUCAAGCCAGAAUUACGUAGCGAAAUUGGAGCUAUCGAUGUGAAUCACCGUUUGUUGGUUAUUGAAUCAAAUUUCUGUUGAUAUUAUUUGCAGAACAUCCUUUCAUUGUAUAAAACUAUUCAUAACAUAUAACUUUACAGCACUCUAUUAAUUUUAAUGUCAAUAAUUUUAUAUCAAUACUAAAAGCGUAAACUGGUGCAUGUUGUCGCGGCGUGAAGUGUUAAUUAUCACAAAGGAAGACGUUAAUUGAAACAAAAAAUCGCACAUUAAAAUGCUUAAAAUGGCACUAUUUGACUGUGCGAUCAAUGAAAAAUGUUGCAGUUUUGACGGAGGACGGGGCAUUUGCCCUCUUUCUUUUCGUCCCACCCCGGGGAUUGGACAGCUCAAGAGUCCCCACCCCCGGGAAUUUGCCAUUCAAGGCAAAAAAAGUGCUAAUGCCCGGGGCGGGGGGACUGGGCGCAGGUGGAAUUGACAGAUGCAUAAAGGUAACGUCAGUACUGAUUAAAGAGAUGUUGCAGUUUGAUUUCAGUCUUUCUUAGUUUAGCAUUCUGGACUUUAUAGUUUGUAGAUCAGUGAUGCACUUGACAGAAGUGCAUCAUCUACAAAUCCGAGAUUGCAGAAGGUCAGAAAAGAGAAAAAAAUGAGUUUAUCAUCUUUUUUUAGGAACCUGCGAUCAGGUGUUCAUUUUUUGGACCUAGCGCAAAAGUGUAUCGGCGCAAGAGUCGGCUGUUAAGACGAGCCGCUACUCUUUCGCCCUCCUCGGCAAGAAAAGCCUUUUUUAAGCUGACUUGUCUUCGACGAAUCGAAACGGGCAAAUAAAGGAGACCAGUAGAGUUUCGAUGCAAGUGGCUAGAAUUGUGCAUUGCUUGAUAAGCGUGUCCAUGUGACAGGCUGAAUGUAAACAAACAGCGUGAGCAGACAAAAAACAGCCUUUGUUGAUGCUUUGUCUUUUUUUAAGCCUUACUUAUAAGCUUAAGAUCAUUCAAAUCACCCAUUUUACUUAAACUAAUUCAUUUUCAUUACUGUGCAUUGAGAACAAAAUGUUAAGUAAACAUUACUUGUAAUUCUUGGAUUACCUCGUAUCCUUACCCUCAUUAAUAUUAUUAACAAACGUUUUUACUAAUAAACUGAUGCUUCGUUUUGUUUGUUAUUUCGCCGCGUGCAGUGGCAAAUUUUAGCAUUUUGAAAGAUUUGAAAUAAAAAGGCUGCCAAAAUGGAGAAUGUGUAUGUAUAAUUAUUAUAACUGAACACAAUACUUCAUAUUUGUUCAGGGACACUUGAAAACUUCAGCCAGACAUUUUUUAAGUUUCACGAGAAUCAUCGACAUUCUUGCUUGUUAUGUGGCAGAUCAGCUUCGAUCUCAUAAUUAACGAAAAGAAACACAAUUAUCUAAGACAAGACUUAGCUUUUUGUGCAUCAUUUGAUAGCCACUUGUAUUAGCUGUAGGCGUGUGCAGACGCCAUGUUAGUACCAAGAAAUGACUAGUUGAAAGUUGAGUUUCGUUGAAAUUAUAAAAAGCUAUUUAUUUUCAAUUCCAAAAAGAAACGUUUCGGAUAACAGCUGAACAAGACAAAUUUACAUGAUAAAAGCCUUCUGGAGAAUGUAUAAAAAUUAAAUAUAGUUGAAAAGACAUCUUUUAAUAAACAGCGUUUAGAACUUUCGGUCGUAAUCUGUGAGAGUAUGUAGGUGUGACCUCUAUUCCUAAAUGGCCUAAGUGGAAUUAAAGUUUACGGCACUUAAAGAAUCUACUUCAUGGUUUGAGAAUCUUGAAAACUUUAGCCUAGAUUUUUCAAGCUUCAAAAUUGCAAGAUUCGUGUUAAUCUUACUCAUCGCUAACCAUCCCUGUUACUUUUUGGUUUAAUAUUCUUAUCUCUUUGGUCUGUGUCCAUUCUAAGAAACUAAUAUUUUAAGUCUCUUUUGUAUUCAGAGGUAAUUUUAUACAUCGCAAAAUACGCUUUCAAAUAUUUUAAUCGUUCAGCUUUGUUUGUCGUCUCGUUUGAAAGCGAAAAUAUAAAGGUGUACCCACUGUAAAUGCAAAUUGCACAGCUUGUUUUUGUUUAGGACGGAGGGAGGUGGCAAAUCAGACCAUUUUAGUUGUAUCUCGACCGAACUUCUACUGGAUUUGAAGCUCUGAUCUUCAGAUGGUAAGUGUUCUGGAGCAUAACCUAAAUAAUACUAAACAAGGUAAAAGGCGAAAGAAGUUUAUAUAUUUAAUUUGAGAAUAUUUUAGUAAUCCUAAUAUAUGCGAGGAUAUGUGAACAUCACUGUCUAAGCAGUUGCUAACAAUUCAACAACGCCGGUUAUCAAUAGUCUAAGCAUUGCGAAGAGUAUGUGGUGUGCAGAAAGAAAAACUUAUAAAAUACCCGAGAUCUAGUCAAAUGACUUUUGGAGAAGGGAGCUCGAGGCAGUCAUGAAUUAAGAGACUGACCUAGUACAUCAAUUUCUUUCUGCUUUAGGCUCAACUCAUAGUUAACAGUCUCCAACUUGUCCCAUGUGAAUCUUGUCUUGCCAAAAAUGUGUACCGUUCCACCUAACCCGUCUCUAAAAUUUAGUGUCCUUUGAAAAUCAUCUCCUCCACAUUAUCACCCCCACUUGUCACCAGUCGUUAUGACCCCGACUGUGUACACAGUGGUUGGUUAUUGUUGUCUAGACUGAUUAAAUAAUUUAAUGAACAAAGUCAGGUGCAGCUAACUCUCUCCUUGCGGACACCCCGCUGUUUCAGACACCUUACGGAGGGGGACAUUGGGAUUUGCGGUGUUGCAGUGUCGCUGAGUUUUUUUGGUCCCGGUGUUGCGGUGUAUAAAAUCACAUGUUGCGGUGUUGCAGUGAUCUCAAAUUGUUCGGUGUGCCGUGUUCCUGAUUUUAAUCCUACAGUGUUCGGUGAAACAAAAUUAUUUGCAGACCCUUUGCGGUGUUGUGGUUUAUUGUGAUUCGGUGUUGACAGUCCCCCAAUGUCCCCCUCCUUACGGGCAGGAGCUGAAUCCCCCGGUCUACAAAAAAACAAAAAAGAAAUGUGUAGAAAUAACUCCCGCUACUUCUGAUUCCUACAAUCCACUCUUUUGGAAAAUGAAUUAACAACGAAGUGUAUAUUAAUAAAUAUUUUAAUAUUUAUUACUAUCAGACUAACCAAAGGCUCUUAUUAAGGCAAUUAUUGAUAUUGAUCAAUAUGAUAACAACAUCUCGUUUGCGUGAGCUGGCCAUGCGUUUCCACGUGGAUGAACCGUUACCGUUCUCUGUUUUUGUUAGGAAUGUUGCGCAGCAUAUGUCACCAUAUCAAUUACGCCAAGAGCAAACUUAAGUUCGAGCUAAAUUACGCGCUGCGCAAAAUCACGAACUGCGCAUAACUGCAUGCUGCCGCUUUAAUGUAUACGCCGCGGAAAGGUACGCGCCGCGAACGCGUCCAGCAAAAUUACUUUUAAAAGAAGCUCAGUUGAAAGCCUCUGCGCGUUUUUUUUUUGUUCACAGAACGUCUACCAUGCCUGGUUUUAAGGAGAAUUUCUGUACUCGUUGUUGCGUCGCAUUUGGACUCAAAUUACGUCAAGACAUCCUUCUUGUCUUGAUGAUGAUCGGCGUGGUGGUUGGGUUCAUCGUUGGUGUGGCCAUCAAUGGCUACGUGAAUGCAGUCGAAAAUCCAGAAGAAAGGAAGACGAUGUUGAUCUUAAUAGGCUUCCCAGGAGAACUUUUCAUCAAUAUGCUCAAGAUGCUUGUUCUUCCGUUGAUCGUGGCCAGCCUUGUCUGCGCCCUCGCAGGAAUAGAUGCCAGGGCCAGUGGGAGAAUCGGUAGACGCGCGAUAAUCUACUAUUUGUGCCCGACUGUGUCGGCUGUUAUUAUUGGCAUUGCGGUUGUAACCAUUAUCAAACCUGGUAGUCGAGCUAAACCGUCUGAGGAUAGCGAAGUCAGUCCUUACCGGCCAUUAGAUGCAUUCUUGGAUUUGUUAAGGUAGCAAGCUCAGGGGGAGUGACUCCUAUAUGAAAGGGGUGGGGAUGCCCCUCGGAAAUUCUGAGUUAUACCCCUAAAGGAAAGCAAUCUAAGCGUGGCUCCAGUUUUCUUAUUUGACUCCUGAAAAAGAGCAUUUCAAAACACAGUCAAAUAAUUAUACACUGAUAUUUUCUUCACUUGCAACCCUAAAUAUCAUUGCGUUUUGCCCACAACACCCUAAUGAGACCAAAAUCAGAAAUUAACACCCCAAAGCGAGACGACGAGCAUCCUGUCCCCUUUCAUAUGGAAGUUUCCCCCCACCUCCCGGCAAGAGGAAACGUUGACGUCUUUCCCACUUUCUCUCUCGUUAUACCAGAUUUUGACAUUUUGCACAAAGUAAGUUUUUUUUCCUACAGGUUGUUAAUAAUUUUGGCACUUAAACAAUCUACCUACGAUGAGUAAAAACUAAAAUCGAAUCCGGGAAGGAAUUCGAAUUAGAAGUACCUCAUGUAGUUCAAAGGAGCUAUUUCAAAUGAAGGCUUUUAAAGAAAAUUACAUGGCCUUACGAGGUAAGACCUGAAUUUUAUCGCUUGCUUUUUUUGAAACAGGAGUUGUUUCCCGGAUAACAUUGUGGAGGCAGCAUUCAGCCAGGUUGGUAAACAGCUUAAGGGGCUGGGGGGGUGUAGUUUGUUUAUAUGCGUUUCAGGAGCUUUUCAGUUCUUUUUCAUUUAGCUGUGAUUGGAUCCAAAAAAAUGGCUUAAUUAGUUUAUAGUGAUUAGAAUAAUAUGUCAGAGAAUUUUUGUUUUUUUGUUUAUGUAUUUACUAAAGAAAAGUUGGAGGGGGGAUACAAAGAUAGGGUAACAGAGGACAUUUUAAAGUUUGAAAAAGACACCCUCUUUUCCAGUGACACUUCAACUGUACUAAGUAUUGUUUAUCUGUAUAUAACAGCCGUGGAACACGAGUCCAGUUAAAGAUCAUGUGGGUGAUAAGUACUUCAAGCCCACCACCCAAAAGUGUCCGUUAAGGGAGCUUUGAUUGUAAUUAAACGCCUUAAUAAUUUGUGAUUUUAACAUUUUGCGGUGGACUUAUUCUUCCAGAAAAGAACGAAAUACGAUGAAGUUAUUUACGACAACUCCAAAACUCAGCACGGGGGUGAGCCAUACAAUGUCACCGUGGAUGUCAAAAGCCUGAACGCUUCUCAACUAGCAGCGAUGAAAAUAUUCAACAAUGGCACCCAUAACUUGACCACAGUACACAAAGCACCCACCGGGGAUCUCCCGAGAGUUUUAGUACCCGCGGGAUUGAUGGUAGACCCCAAGGGUACACUGAAUGUUGUGGGUCUGGUUGUGUUCUCCAUGGUGUUUGGAAUUUUCCUGGGGAAUCUUCGCUAG